UUGAUCACUCACUCGUUCACUUAAUCCGUUACGACUGCUGUACGACUCUGUACCGCCCGGGACUACCUUGCUGGCAACAUCUCUCUCGACACUGUCCGUCGUCGCUGUACAUAGCUCGGUGUCCGCGACACUGCCUUGGCUCGUCUCGUCUUGCCCAGACUCCCAGAGCAAGCCACGAUCGUUAGCAGCCACGCCGCUUCACCUGAUAUUACACCGGGCGCCCACCUAACCUACCACUUUCACUCGAGGCCCACCUCUCCUUUUCGCAGUAUCUCGUGUCUGCCCGCCUGUCCCCUCGUUCGACAAUAGUGAUCAGACAAUGGCACCAUAGCCUCGGCGUGCAUUGUUGACCUCUCUUUUCGGCGGGGCUCUGUCGCUUUCGCCUUCCCACGAGCAGCAUUACCUUAUUCACGGCACUCUUUUCCCGGCGGCUACCACGGUGACCUCCUCCACCAGUCUCAUUCCAUACAGCGGACGAGGAGCGACUUGAGCCAGUAUCGACUGCCUUGGACUUCCUGACACUUCUCCAAGCAAAUGCGCCAUUCAACGCCCUCCACGCCCUUCUCGGACCCACUCGCACGACGCAUUGAGACGGCAAUCGCAACGUGCUCCGCUCUUCUUUGUCCAUAUAAUCUCGCUGAUCAGCAAUCUUGAUCCAGACCGUCGAUCGUUGAUCGCCGCAUUGGCCCCUUUCAGCUCUGAGAUACUAGCAAUCUUAACCUCGCGCUGGCCGCGAUGCAUCCUCUACACCACCUCCACCACCUCGCCACCACCAUACAUGGCCGUCGCGCGCUGGGGAUACCAUCUGCCUCUGAUGACAGACACAUCAUGGCUACUCGAGACCCCGAUCCACUACCAGACGCCAUACCCUUUGCGCAACCUGGAUCCGGCGACGUGAAAGACUUUGGCAUCACUCUGGAUUUGAGCGCAGCCGCAGCUCCCUUCUCCCAUGGCCUCAAUGGAGUCAAUCAAUACCUCAACUACCUGCUGGCCAAUGUAUUGGUUAUAUCGUUCAUGGCGUUGCUGGCAGGCACGCUCCUGUACAGAUGGGUGCAAAUGGGGCACAAGCACAUGCGGCAUCUGUUUACGAUGGGAAGAGAAAGAGAUCAGAGGUACUUUCAAUACAACCAUACCAAAGCAUGGCCUUGGAUCAAGAGAUAUGUGCUAUAUGCACCCUUCUGGAAAGUGCGGCAUAACAGAGAGUUCAGGUUAUGGCGGAGUCAGGUUACGAUGGGCACGCUACCUUCGAGAUUCCACUCUUUCCUACUAUUCGUAUACCUGGUCUCCAAUGCCGGCUAUUGCGCAGCACUGGAUUACAGUCAGACGAGACCGAGCGUGAUUGCUGAGUUUCGGGGCCGGACAGGAGUACUGGCAGCACUGAAUUUGAUACCGACCAUUCUGUUCGCGCUUCGGAACAAUCCCGCAAUCUACUUCUUACGAGUCCCAUACGAUACAUUCAAUCUUCUCCAUCGGUGGACCGCGCGUAUGAUGGUGCUUGAGAGCAUACUGCACACGAUUGCAUGGGCAGUAAACGCUUACGACGCAGGUGGGGGCCCCCAGAUUGGGCUGUCCUUGAGGACUUCCACCAGCUAUAUGUGGGGCAUGGUGGCGACCGCAGUGUUGACAUAUAUGGUCCUGGCAUCGUCUGGCCCUAUCAGACACCAAUUUUACGAGUUCUUCAUCAACUCCCAUCGCGUUUUGGCGAUUCUGGCCAUUGUCGGCAUCUACAUUCAUCUUGACAAGGCAAACCUCCCGAUGCUGCCAUAUGUGCAGCUCAGCCUUGCAUUCUGGAGUGCAGAGCUGUUCGCACGGUUCUACCGGAUAGCGUACCACAAUUGGACCCGGAAGCGAGGCUUGACGAAAGUCACCGUGGAGUGGCUUCCCGCAGAAGCAUGUCGUGUCACAUACCAGAUUUCGAGACCGUGGAAGUGGCGGCCAGGCGCUCACGUUCAUGCUUAUCUUCCCUCGAUUGCGUUGCUGGGCAGUCAUCCAUUUUCCGUGGCGUGGGCGGAGAACAGGCCACAGCACACACCGAGCAUGGAAUUUGAAAUGGAGAAGCUUCCGCCAAUGACCACGGGCGUUUUCAGCGACCAGGUGCGACACAGUAUGAUGGCGCGGAACAGCAUGAUGGCAAGGCAUAGCAUGAUGCCGCGAGAUAGCAUGGUCGGCGGCCUCCCGAGCCAUACCAGGAACCUCACUCUGACAGAGAUGGCCAGCGCGGCAGAAGUGACCCACAAGGCCGCAGAUGGUAAUAUCACACUUCCUGGAGACGAUAAGGUCACGACGAUAUCACUCGUCAUCCGAGCACGAGACGGCAUGACUCGAAGUCUGUACGAUAAACUCGUGAACAACGACAGACAGCCCAUCACGACCUGGGGACUUAUAGAGGGCCCCUACGGCGGACACGAGUCGCUUUCAUCGUACGGAACCGUCAUCCUGUUUGCAGGUGGCAUCGGUAUCACCCAUUGCAUUGGAUAUAUUCACCACCUUAUGGCGCAAUAUGCAGCGGGCACAUGUUCGACGCGAAAGAUACUUCUCGUGUGGUCAGUACCAAACACAGAGUGUCUCGAGUGGGUCCGAAUCUGGAUGGACCGGAUUUUACGGAUGGAACACAGGCGAGACGUAUUGAAGAUUCAGCUCUUCGUUACCAAGCCUAGACACCGUGGCGAGGUGGUGUCGAGCACAGGAUCAGUGCAGAUGUUCCCAGGACGAUGUCGACCUAGCGCAGUCAUCGAGAAGGAGCUGCCCGAACGAAUAGGCUCGGUGGCCGUCACAGUCUGCGGUCCUGGUGCACUGGCCGAUGAUGUACGGGCGGCUUGUCGUAAACAUGUGGAACAUGCCAGUCUGGACUUUGUGGAAGAGGCCUUCACCUAUUGAAAAGAGAAAAAGUGAUGAGACCAGCGUUACUAGCACAGCAUGGCGCUGUGAGGACAACAGCACGGGAUAGAGAAUUACGACGUCACGGCGGGCAGCAUUUGCCAUUAUAGCACCAGCAUUUGCUAUGGGUUGCUUGUUUUUUUUUUCUGCGAAGAUACCACCUUUGCGCCUUUUUGUUAUUGUUGUUUACAGGGGGUUGGAAUGCAUAGCGAAGAUGAGAGAGAAAAAGAGAGGCAAGCAAGCAAGCAGCUGCUACAAUAGCUACCUACCACUACUACAUUAGUGUUUGUUCAUAAAGUCCGUUAGUCAGUCAGAAAGCGAAGAGAAGAGAAAUCUUAAUCCCC